AUGGCUGGGUCAAGGAAUUACGACUUCCUGAUCAAACUGCUGCUUAUCGGCGACUCUGGCGUCGGAAAGUCAUGUUGUCUAUUGCGCUUCAGUGAGGAUAGCUUUACGCCAUCGUUUAUCACCACAAUAGGCAUCGACUUCAAGAUCAGGACUAUCGAUCUGGAUGGAAAGAGAGUAAAACUCCAGAUAUGGGAUACGGCCGGGCAAGAGCGUUUCCGGACAAUCACGACCGCAUACUACCGAGGAGCGAUGGGCAUCCUGCUGGUAUACGAUGUCACAGACGAGAAGUCGUUCAACAACAUUCGCACCUGGUUCUCGAACGUUGAACAGCACGCAUCGGAAGGCGUGAAUAAGAUCUUGAUCGGCAACAAGUGCGAUUGGGAGGAUAAGCGCGCGGUGUCUACCGAACAAGGCCAGGCUUUGGCAGACGAGUUGGGCAUUCCCUUCCUGGAAGUUUCAGCGAAGUCCAACAUAAACAUCGAGAAGGCUUUCUAUUCGCUCGCCGGAGACAUCAAGAAGCGCCUGAUCGACAGCAACAAAGAGGCACAGGGUCCGUCCGGGGGCUCACCGGCUGGCGUCAAUGUCGGCGGUGGACAGCAGAAUGGUGGUAUUGGCGGUAAAUGCUGCUAA